CACGCACGCACUUGACGUAAAGAUGGCGGCUGCAAGAGUUGUCAAGAAAUUAUACGGAAUCGGACUUCACGCAAUUGGUCAAAAUACUUCGUUAAAAGCUACCAAGUUUCUCCAGCAAAGAGCAUUUCGCGUAAAUGGAGCUCUUCGCCAGCAGCCGUUUGAUUCUUCAGCAGAGAAGCCGCAGUUUCCCGGGGCCUCGGCGGAGUUCAUUGAUCACCUGGAAUUUAUCCAGCCAAAUGUGAUCUCAGGAAUCCCUGUGUAUAGGGUGAUGGACAGACAGGGCCAGAUCAUCAACCCGUCUGAAGAUCCUAAGCUUUCAAAAGAGAUGGUUUUAAAUUUCUAUCAGAAGAUGACAUUACUCAACACAAUGGAUCGUAUUCUUUAUGAGUCUCAGAGGCAGGGCCGCAUCUCUUUCUACAUGACCAAUUAUGGUGAGGAGGGCACACACAUUGGAAGCGCUGCGGCUCUUGAACCUACUGAUUUGGUCUUUGGCCAAUACCGAGAAGCUGGUGUAUUGAUGUACAGAGGCUUCCCUCUGGAUCUGUUUAUGGCACAGUGCUAUGCCAACGCUGAUGACCUUGGCAAGGGCAGACAAAUGCCAGUGCACUAUGGCUGCAAAGAUCUCAAUUUUGUAACAAUCUCCUCCCCACUUGCCACUCAGCUCCCCCAAGCGGCCGGAGCGGCAUACGCAGUGAAGAGGGAGAACUCAAACCGUGUGGUGGUCUGUUACUUUGGAGAGGGGGCCGCCAGCGAGGGAGACGCACAUGCUGGAUUUAAUUUUUCCGCCACACUUGAGUGUCCUGUCAUAUUCUUCUGCCGCAACAAUGGUUACGCUAUCUCCACACCGACCAAUGAGCAGUACAGAGGAGAUGGUAUUGCUGCUCGAGGUCCAGGAUACGGACUGAUGUCGAUACGUGUUGACGGAAAUGAUGUUUUUGCAGUGUACAAUGCCACGAAGGAGGCACGACGUAGAGCGGUGGCUGAAAACCAGCCCUUCCUCAUUGAAGCCAUGACCUACAGGAUCGGUCAUCACAGCACCAGUGACGACAGCUCUGCAUACCGCUCAGUCGACGAGGUGAACUACUGGGACAAGCAGGACCACCCCAUCUCUCGCCUGCGACACUACAUGACCGCCCGAGACUGGUGGGGCGAGGACGAGGAGAAGGCCUGGAGGAAGCAGUCCCGAAAACUCGUCAUGGAGGCCUUCGAAAGAGCCGAGAGACGUCUGAAACCCAAUCCCGAGCUGCUGUUCACGGACGUCUACGAUGAGCUGAUUCCUCCAAUAGCCAAGCAGAGAGAUGCCAUGUGGCAGCAUAUCCAGCAGUAUAAAGAGCAUUACCCACUCGAUCUCUACGAAAAAUAAUCCAUGAGCCAUGAGUGGACACAACUGGGAACCAUCUUGCACGUGUCAGUUUGUCUGAAUAGGGUUUUUUCUCCGUUUCUAUGGUUUUGUUGCAUUAAAAACACAAACAGUGAAAGAUGUAUUGCUAUCCUCAACAUUUGCCACUAGAGGCCUCUGUACUGUCACUGUGUGCCUUGGAAAGCCAUGUAAAAGAAGGAAUGUUCAGAAAAGAACAGCCUAUGAAUACAGUAUCAGUACACUGGCAUAAUAUUAUCAAUCCAGUCACUAGGGUUUCUUCAUUAAAGCAUGAAAAUAUUGACUGAUUACCAUGAUUUUUCUUAUCUCAUCAACAUCAAGUGUUCUUCAUGAAGUAUCUUUAGAAUAUGGGUUUUCAAAUCACUGUAAAUGUUCAGCAUUUGUUUCUUAUUUUUCCACAAACCACACUAAUAUUUAUUAAUGGUGAUGUUAGUGUGACACAUGCUUUGUGAAAGGCUCAUUUUUUAAAUAUACAAUAUACAGUUACUGUAAUGAUCUGGUUUGUGUCCUGUUCAUUUCUCCCCACAGAUGAUGAUGAUGAUGAUGAUGAUGAUGAUGAUGCUGUUGCUAAUGACAUUGAGCUGCGAUUCUUUUGUUUAAUAAUGAACUGAACAAACUUACUGUGUGAGACUAUCUCACUGUUACAAGACAUGAGGAUUGUUGUGUUGUGCAAGAUGUAUUCCGAUUGGCUUUAGAGGUUUGUAAAUUAUAUUUUAAACGAUAGAAAUCCUCACAAAAAUGGAAUCACUGAUAUAGUGAAGUGCUUACUGUACGUAGCCUAUAAGAGAAUGUUGUAUAGUCUUGAGGCCUGUUUUAUGGAGAGCACGGUGGGUUUAAGUACGUAAUAACUGCUGGAGAUUGAAGUGUUAUGCGGACUAAUAAUGUUCAUUGUGUUGUGAAGAGUUCAUUAUGAAUGAGGGCUGAACAAACUGGUAACUUUAGUCCAGAGGAAUGAUUUGAAUGCGAAGUAAUCUGGAGGUCAAUGAAAGACUUCUUAAAGUAUUAUAAGCACCACUACGGUUUUCAACGAUGAUAAGAAUUGUUAUUUUUUGAUCACCAAAUCGGCAUGUUAGUAUGAUUUCUGAAGGAUCAUGUGACACGGAAGACUUGCGUAAUAAAUAAAUUUUACCAUCCCAGGAUGAUAUAAUAAAUUAUAACUUGAUUUGAAUCAUAAUUUUUUAAAUUGCUAUUUCACAAGAUGCACCCAUGUACACUUACCGGUCAAAAGUUUGGGAUCAGUAAGAUCUGUAAUGCUUCUGAAAGAGGUCUCUUAUGCUCAUCAAGGCUGCAUUUAUUUGAUCAAAAAAAAGAA